CAAAGGAGUACCGACCAGCGUCUCAGACCCAUCCGUCGUUCUGCCUUAUCCGUCUCCGUUGCUGCAUCGCAUCCAUGUGCCAAACCCCCGCUGCCAAGAAAUCUUCCUCGGCCGUGCGCCAGUUCACCUGGGCCGAGAUCGAUGAAUCUCGCCCCAAGGAAUUCAACGUCAAAGGCGCCUCGACCAAGGGCCCUGUCUACAUCGUCAUCGACGGCAAGGUUUACGAUGUCGGCGGCGAUUUUGUUCGCUGGCAUCCUGGUGGUGCCGUGAUCAUCUCCCAGAUGGGCAAAGAUGCCUCCUCUGCCUUUGAGGUGUUCCAUCCCGAGUCCGCCUACGAGACUCUGGCCAACUUUUACGUCGGAGAUCUCAAGGACGGAGAGCCCUCCAAGCAGAAUGAUUUCGCCCACGAGAUCAAGCAGCUUCGCGCCAAGUUCGAGAAAGCAGGCUACUUCAAGUCCAGCAAGCUCUUCUACGCCUACAAGAUCCUCAGCAAUCUGGCGCUCCUGUCUGCCUCCUUGGGCACCUUGGCUUAUCUGGGCAACAACCUUGUCGGAAUCGUUUUUGCGGCCGUGUGCAUGGGCCUCUUUUUGCAGCAGUGCGGCUGGCUCGCCCACGACUUUUUGCACCACCAGGUCUUCGAGAAUCGUGCUAUCAACAACGCCUUUGGCUAUGUCAUCGGCAACGUUGCCCAAGGUUUUUCCGUCGCUUGGUGGAAAAACAAGCACUGCACCCACCACAGCGCCCCCAACAUCCAUCAGCAGGACCCCGAUAUCGACACGAUGCCUUAUCUCGCCUGGUCCGAGCAUGCCCUCGAACUCUUCAGCGACUUCAAGGAUGACACCGUCGCCCGCUUCCUGGUUUCUCGCCAGUCGAUCCUCUACUUCCCGAUCCUGUCGCUGGCCCGCAUCCCCUGGGCGCUGCACUCCAUUCUGUUCGUCCUUCCCGGCCACUCCGAAUGCGUCGUCUCGGACCCCACCAUGCUGCUUAUCGAGCGAUCGACGCUGGCGAUCCACUGGGUCUGGUACCUGGGCACCGCCUUCUACUUCUUGUCGCCUCUGCACGCCCUCCUGUACAUCCUCUUGUCACAGACCGUUGGUGGCCUGUUCCUGGCCUCAGUCUUCUCGCUCAACCAUAACGGCAUGUCCAUCUACGACGACGUCACCGGCAAGGACAUUGAGUUCUACCAACUGCAGGUCGACACUGGCCGCAACGUCACCCCGACCCAUUUCAACAACUGGUUUACCGGUGGUUUGAACUUCCAGAUCGAGCACCAUCUUUUCCCCACCAUUCCUCGCCACCACAUCGGCAAGACCGCCCCCGAUGUCAUGGCCGUCUGCAAAAAGUACGGCAUCCCGUACCACUCAACGUCGUUUUCGGGUGGCAUCCAGGAGGUUGUCAGCCGUUUGGGCGUCAUCGGCAAGAUGUCUGUCAAGAUUGCUCAGAUGAAGCAAUAGGGACCGCGAUUUUCUUCUUUUCCCCUCCUCCCUACCCCUUACGCUUUCCAUCAGCGAUCCGAAUAACAGAAGGAGCUCUGCAACAUAGCUUGACGAUGUUUUUUUUGGUUCGGUAAUAGAGCGGCCUGCAAUAGCAAACGACGACUCUCCGUUGGGAACAUCACCCUGUAUUCUGUGUAAUGGGGAGUGGGCGCUCGUUGCGACAGCACAUAUGCCUUGCUCCGGUGAAAUGGAUGAGGAUCGACGAAUUGUACCGUACCAGCGAUAUCAGUCCGAUGAUGCCCAGGCACUUGCCACGGCCGAGAUGGAGACGAU